AUGGAAAAAUUGGAUCGACCAGCAGCUGAUGAAAGUUGGUUUGGGGAUGGUGAAAUUGUAGAUGCAGAUUUAUUGAUAGAUCUUCUUGAGACCUAUAGAUUUGGUAAAGAUAAUGUUCCCACCGGAAAAAAUCGUUUCAAGGCGGAAGCGACGGCCCCGCUGCCGGACAACACCACCAAGAUGGAGGAUGAAGAGGACGAUGAUGGAUCUCAAGGUCUCGUAGGAAACAAGUCUGCUCAUGAAAGCACAGCAUCGGUAUCUUCUUCCAUUUCAGAUCCAAUGAUACUCGAGACCAUUAUGAGCGAAACCGGUUCAAACAAUGAACCGGGUUCGAAUGAAGAAACCGGUGAUUAUUGGUCAGAAUUGAGCUCCACAAACCUACCAAAUGUAGAGAACGAAACACCACAAAACGCAGAAGAUGGUGAGAUAAAAGAAGAAGAAGAAGAUAACAGCGUGAGAUCAUCAUCAGAGUCGGAAGAGAAGUCAAAUAUAGAGAAGUUGCUUGCGAUACAAGAAAACUACGAAAUUUAUUGUCCAAGCUGUAGCUCGUGUAUCACCAAAACAGUGAUCCUCAGGGAAAGGACAGGUGGGAAGCAUGCUGAUUUUGUCAGGGGAAAACCGGUUGAGGAGCCAGAAGAAGGACAUUUAGAGGCGAGGAAGAGUAGUAACACCGUACAAUCACCGCCUCAAAAUCAACCGGACCAAGAAAGAUUCUCCGUUGAGUUGUUGAAGAGCACCGUCUACGGCGGUCUCACCGAAACCAUCACCAGUCUCGGUGUUGUAUCUUCCGCCUCAGCUUCCGGCUCCUCCACCGUGAAUAUAUUGGCUCUUGCGGUCGCAAAUUUGGCUGGUGGACUCAUCGUCCUCGCUCAAAACUUUCAAGAUCUAAGAAACAGUUCAGAUCAAGAGAAAGAUCGAUACAAUGAACUGUUAGGGAGACGUACUAAUUCCAGGAUGCAUAUCUUAGUAGCGGUAUUGUCUUACAUUUUCUUCGGCCUAAUUCCUCCAUUGGUUUACGCAUUUUCCUUCUACGUAACCGGAAUCAAGAACUACAAGCUCAUGUCGGUUUUCUCGGUUUCUCUGGUUUGCGUGAUUUUACUCUGUAUGAUCAAGGUCUAUGUCCGAAAACAGCCUAGCUUACGUGGAUCGCGUAAAUCUUAUCUCAAAUCUGCGGCUUACUACACCUUUAUUGUUGUUGCAUCUUCCGGAAUUUCAUACGUUGUCGGAGACAUUAUGGGAGAUUACAUGGAGAAGCUCGGUUGGUUUUUGACUGAGCUUUUGCUGGGUUUUGUCGGAGAGAAAUCACUCGGCGAACCUACGAUGAGCUACAAGAGACCACUGAAGAGAGCAUUAAUUCUAGAUGAUGAUGAUGACGAGGAAGAUACAAGUUACAGUUUCAAGGUCCUUUUACCUAACAGCACCAGUGUGGGCCUCACACUUCAUAACCCCGGACCUGAGAUGCCAAUGGAGAGGUUUGUCAACCUGUUGAAGGAGGAGUACGAGAAAUCACGGAAAGAUUGUCUGCUGAUGUCUAAGAGGACCAGAAUUGAGUGGAACUUGGGUGGAAAGUUUCUUCUUGAGACAAAUGGUGAAAAGAUGAAAGGAAUGGUUCGCUUUGCUGUGUUUAAGCCCAACAUGUGCCAUAUCAUUCGACUUGAUGACGGUUCUGGUACAACUUCCACCAUGUAUGAGAACUUGUGGGAUUUGACCCCUGAUCCUGAUCUUCUAAAAGAACAACCUGAAAAUUACAGCUUUGAGACAGCUCUUGCGGAUCUAAUAGACAAUUCCUUGCAAGCUGUAUGGCCUCUUUCUGACGGAGAACGAAAACUGAUUAGGGUGGAUGUUUCUAGUGAUCGGAUUUCUGUCUUUGAUACCGGGAGGGGAAUGGACAGUAGUGAAGAAAAUUCUAUUGAUAAAUGGGGGAAAAUAGGGGCCUCAUUACAUAGAUCUCAAAAAAUCCGUGGUGUUGGAGGCAGACCACCUUAUCUCACGCCAUUCUUUGGAAUGUUUGGAUAUGGAGGACCUUACGCUUGUAUGUUCUUGGGAAGGCGUACUCUGGUGUCUUCUAAGACGAAAGAAUCCAAGAAAGUAUUCACUCUGCAAUUCAAGAAAGAAGCCUUGAUCGACAAUCGGUCAAUCUCGGGAAAACACUGGAAGACUGAUGGUGGCAUGAGGGACCCGACAGAGGAGGAAAUGAAGCUAGCACCUCAUGGAAGUUUUACAAAGGUUGAGAUAUUUGAACCAGAAUUUGACAUCUCAAAAGUAUAUCAACUCCUGUGCAGGCUUAAGGAUAUUUACUUUCCUUACAUCCAGUGUGAUGAACUCUCCAAAACCGGGAAGACUGAACGGCCUGUAGACUUUGAGGUCAAUGGAGAAGAUUUAGCUGAGAUAGCAGGUGGAGAGGUUGCCAUCACCAACCUAAACUCCAGGGGUGAAGAAUUUUGGUUCCAGAUUAAAUUCACUCUUACCAGUGAGAAAAGACAAGGGAGACCACAAGAGGCAAAUGCUCGCCUCAAGUUUGUUUAUUUUCCAAUCGUCCAGGGAGAAGAAAGCAUUGAGAAAAUUUUGGAGAAUUUAGAAGAGCAAGGAUGCGAAGUUUCCGAAAGCUUUGAGACUUUUGGUCGUGUUUCAAUAAGGAGGCUUGGUCGCCUACUUCCAGAAGUCCGUUGGGAUUCAAUACCGUUUAUGAAACAAGGAAACAGAGCGUCUACUUUGCAGAAAAGUUGCCAAAGAGUAAAAUGCUUUGUCGAUUUGGAUGCUGGUUUUAACCCAACGCCCUCCAAAACUGCCCUUGCGAGCCAAAAUCCUUUCACAGUGGCUCUAAAAAACUUUGGUAGUAAACUGACAGAGAAGGAGAAGGAUACUGAUGUCAAAAUUAUGAUUCACCGAGAAGGAAAACCACUCAACAUCAAGCCACUGGAGCAGACAUAUAGGGAUUGGGUUAUGAAGAUGCAUGAUACCCAUGAUGAAGAAGCUGCAUCGGGUCAAGAUGAACCAACUGUCGUUGUUGAAUUUGAUAAAAAGGCUCUUAACAUUUCGCAUGAUGCUGUGAGGGUGCACAAGGUAAUUACGAGAAAAGGAAAGUCGUGGAGGCGUGGUCAGAAUAUAAAGAUUCUGAAAGGAGCCUGUGCUGGGGUUCACCAUUGCAAUGUCUACGCUACAAUUGACUAUUUCAUAAUAGAAGGGUUCGAGGACGAACCAGGCGGUGAUACUUGGGUUUUAUGCAGGCCUAUCCACCUCCCUAAGAACAAGGGAUGCAUGCUUUCAAUCAUCGAAGGAGUUACAAGUCUGGAAGUUCAGAGUUCUUUAUCUUUACCGAUCGCUAUAAUCGACGAUGGAAAGUGCCUGCCUGUAGAUGCGGAUGAAUGGAAUAAACAAAUUGAGAAGCAACAGGAAAAAGCACCGUCAAAAAUUGAUUUGCUGGAUGAGCAAGCUUGCAACGAAUUGAAAAUUGAUGGGGGCGAAUUACCGGUUGGUAAAUCUGUGUUUGCUGGACGAGCUCCCCCUCAAAAGAUUGUCGCAGUCAUCCGACCUGCACGCUUCACAUCUUCAACACCGCAGAAGAAGUUGGACCAGAAACAUAUCGUUAAGGAUGGGGGGGAAAUGGUCAUGAGUGUUAACUUGGUAGACACAAAUAUGAAAUCGAGAGAUAAGAAUGCCAAAUUCGUAUGUUCCGAGCGCGCUUUUCCUACUCCCCGUGAUGGGAUUAGUGGUCUUUACAUCUUCUCUCUCGGGUCCAAGAAUCCAAACCUUUUCAAGAAAGCUGGCACUUACAACUUUUCGUUCUCUAUCGGAGACUCGAUUGAGUGCACAAAAACUGUGGUUAUCAAACCUUCUUCAAAGGCAGCAAAGUGGAAACUUGAAGAUAAUCUGGAGCCCACUAUUCGAGUUGGUUCUUCUCUUCCACCAAUAUGUGUUGCUUGCUUUGAUGAGCACGAAAACCGCGUACGGUUCGCUUCUGUUCCAAGCCUGGACGUUAAACUGGAAGCUAACCCUGGAUUCCAGCUCGAGUUUGACAAACUUGAGGCCAAGCUGAUUAAAAAUGGAUCAGUUCUCAAAAUCGAGAAUAUGCUCGUGGAGACUGGUGGAUUAGACCAGAUAAGACCAAAUUAUGAAGCAACCUUAGAGAUACGCGCAAAGGACAAACCUUUUUCUGUCUCGGUUGAUUGUAAGGUGAUUCCUGGGCCUGUGGAACGUGUUGCAAUGAAUAAUCCCCAGGCUUUGGAUAAUUUGCUACCAGGUUCCACUGUCGAAAAUUUUAUCCUGGAGAUUUUCGAUGCAUACAACAACCAUGUUGCAGAAGGGACGGAUGUUGUGUUGCAUAUAGAUGGCUAUCGUAUCCACGACUACUUGGGCGUUACUCGUAAGGUUGAUGCUAGUGGCUGCAUUGAUCUCUCUGGCAUUCUUAAAGUCACAGAAGGCUAUGGAAAAUCUGUCUCGUUCUCUGUUAUGUCUGGUAAUGAAGAGAUCUUCAAGAAAGAGUCUAAAAUCCAAGAACGAGAGCUAAGACUUGUAACAGAGCUGCCCGACUCCUGUCCUGCUGGUUCAAUUAUCCAAAACCUCGUCUUCAACGUGACGGAUUCAGAUGGUUCCAUAGAUGCUAAUAUCCAUGAUGACGAAAAAUCGGGGUGUUUCCAUACCAUGAGCAUUGAAUUCGGCUCAGGCAACAUUGAAAGUGUCAGAUAUGCAUUUAUCCAGGGGUCCUGCAAAGUUUCUACUCUUUCCGUACCUGAGAAUGAGAGUGUCUUUUCUUUCAGGGUGUUCCAUUCUCGAUAUCCUGAGCUUCAUUUGAACUUAGAGGUUCCGCUAGUGUCUGCUCCAACAUUUGAAAGCGAUGAGAUUGGGUGUUCAACACCUUACUCAAAGACGACUACAACACCUCAAUCAAAGAUGGCUUCAACCACAAAUUCAGGGCUGAGUCCAACUUCCAGUGUAGGGGUGGGACUAACUCCAUGUUCACAGGUUGGAGUUUUGGCCAUUAGGUCAUCGUCAUUGGAUCACAGUAGCCAAAAUGGCCUGCUAGAUAUGGCGCAGUUCGCUGAGAGUUUAAAACAAAAACUCGAUACAUACGGAGAAAGGAAAAUGAAAAUAGAUGAGCGCCUAAAAUGUUUGGAGGCUGAACAAGGACAAGCAGAGCAAGAAUUGAGUACUUUGCAAGCUUCUCUGGAACCUAUCAGUGCGGGGCUCCCAGCAUGCCUAUCCACUAGAGAGUCGAUGAUGAAGAAAAUCGAAGAGAAGCAGCAUCACACUGCAGCAGCAGUGUUCUGCUGUUUGUACAGAAAGGCUGCACCUCCUCAGUCUAUGUUUCUGUCAAAUAAAGGAGUGUUUGGCAUCGUAGCUCUUCUCGGUUCAGUUGCCACCACUUCACUAAGCAGGGCUUUGUCUGAAUAUCUGGGGAAAGACACAAUGCUUGCGUUGGUAUGCAAAUCAUCACAAUGUGGACCGAAGAGUCUUGAGUAUAUGAGGCUUAAAUCCGAAGCACAUUUGCUCCGUCGACCUAUAACCAGUCGAUUUCUUAUUAUAUGUCUUGAUGCAACUAGACCUUGGAGCAGUGGACUUGUGGAAAAUGAUCCUCAGAGGAAACUGGCCAUGAAGAACCCUUGCCUACCUAAUGGAGAUCCUAUACCGGGUUUCAUAGGCUACGCCGUGAACAUGAUCGAGUUGGAUCUAGCGGAUCUUGAUAUACAAAAAAAUUCAGGUCAUGGGCUCAGAGAGACGCUUUUCUAUGGCGUUUUUGGAGAUUUACAGGUAUACCAGACCGGAGAGUAUCUUCAAGCAGCUCUUCCUCACAUCAAAGCAGAUUGUGUCUCUUUAGAUGGUGUGAUCUUCAAAGAAAACGGGUUUAUAUACUCCGGAUGCUGCGAACCGGAGAUUCAUUUUCCGAUAACAGUAACAGAGAAGCAAGAAAAGAAUUUGCUGAAACUGGAGUUGGCAAGAGACAGAAAGAGAAAGGCAGAGAAGACGAUGGCCGAAGAGUAUUCUUCAUUGCGGAAGGUAGAGAAGAAGUUGAAGAAGGCGACGGAAAAAUACCAAAGUGUUGCAGCAGCCAUGGCGGACUCUUAG